AUGUCCAUAUUAUUAACGUCGAAUAGUAUGACAUUAGUAGAUGAUCCAACAGUUAAGAAAUGGUUAGAUAUGCCGCCAACUUAUGAAACAAUUGUUCAACGAACGAAUAUCGCACAAGAUUAUAAUCGAUACGCAACAAGAAUUGUUCAGAACUGCGAAAAAUUGAUUCGUGAACAACAAGCACAAUAUCAAGGAUGGAUGGCAGUGAUUGCGAAUAUCGAGGAUACACUCUCGAGUUUUCUACUUAAUCGAAAUUCGUUUGAUCGUUCUUAUCAAGCUUAUCUAUCCGAGAGACCAUCGUAUUUAGAACUGUUUCAAAGUCUCCCAAAUGCAAUUGAAAUUCUUCAUGAUUUGAAACUUCCAAGUAAAUUAAUCGCUCUGAUCGGCAAUUCAACUGGAAUUUACAACAAGUCAACUGUUUCCACUUCAACCUCAUCAUCAUCAAUCAGUUCAUCUGCAACUACGAGUACCACAGUUCUUCCACAAGCUGAGAGUGAAGAUGAAAUAACAGAAGAAAUGUCUUUAUUCCAAUGGAUCACUGCUCAAUUAGCUAACAUGAAAAUUGAUGAUGUUAUCAUUGGAUGUACACAUACUAUCGAAGAGUGUACGGAUGAAUUGUUUAAAUCCAUGAAUGAUGAGAUCGAGGAUUUAUCGAAAAAAAUCACCAAUCCUGAAUUGAAGCAUAUGGUCGGAAUCGAAGAACGAUAUGCACUUUUACAAAAUGAAUUAAUUAGCGCGAAACAAUUGCAACAUGAACAGAAAGAUUACGCGGAGUAUUUUGUUAGUCAACGACAAAAAUUCAGUUCAAAUGUCGCAAAUCAAAAAGAAUUGGGAUUAAUCCGAGACAUAUCAGGUAUUCAUUCGAAGAAUUUACAUGAAAUUGCAACAAAACACAAUAAACUGAUUGAAAUUGAGAAAAAAAUUCGCAGAUCCAAACAGGACAUUAUCGAUCAAUUACACCGAAGAUUUAAAAACAUGAUGCUUCUUCAACGACAUUUGGUUGAUUAUGAUGCGAAACAAUCGCUGUAUAUUCAUAAACUAAGUCGAACGAGAAAAACAAUGGGAUUUCUACGUCAAUUGAAUCAAGCGCCACAUCUUUAUUAUUCGUUUUUAUAUGAAUGUAUUCGUCGAAAAGAAUAUUCCAAUAUUUUUAAUCAAUUUUCCGUAACAAUUCAUCGUGAAUCCAAAAGUAUUCAUAGUGGAGAAGUUUCUAAAAGAGAACAAUUUAUUAAGCAGUAUGAACCACAUUUUCUUUUCAAUCUCUUACCAGGUCUUAAAAUAACACCAACAUUCUUUAUCAAAGAACCAUUGUCAUUAUUGGAUACAAAUCUACCAGAAAUAACUCUAUCCGAACUUGAUGAACUAUUCGAGAAAUUUCCUGAGAUAAAACAACGAACAUCGAACGAACUAUCGAUUAAUGAUCCUUCCCUCGAUCUCGCUUCGUUAAUUCGUUGUACUGAUAUAUUUAUUGAUGACAAACAAACUCCAACUACAGUACCCCUUUCAGUGUUUAUUCCUUCAACAUCUGCAGCCAUUCCUGGUGAUACAACAAAGCAGCUUCCAUCUCCAACCAACAGUAGUAGUCGAUCAACAGUUGUUCGAUCCCAAUCAUCAUCCGAUGUUGGAUCAUCAUCGGAACAAAUGAUGACUCAAACCAUUCAGAAUGACACUCUUCCUCAAACAAAUGAAGAAACACCCAUGGAAAAAGAACCAGUCUCAGAAACUUCCCCAUCAUCAACGAAUGUCACGAGUAACAAUGAAGAAGAUGAUGAUUAUAUUCAAUGCAGUUUGGAAACAGUUUAUACAUCCACUGAAAUGGCUGUUUCACCUCCAUCACGUCCUUGUGCGUCGCAACAAACCGACAGUGAAUACACGCGUGCCAUUGUACAAGAAUUUCUCGAAUUGAAAACGCAAUAUGAGCAAACAAAAACAAAUCAACAUGAGUUAAUAUUGAACUAUCAUGAAACAAUCUCAAAAGUGAUAACAAGUCUUCAACAAUCUAAUCAAGCACAUCAAGAACAAAUCGAACUAUUACGAACAGAAGUUACUAAUCUUAUUCAAGAUAAUGAAACAUUAAAAAUUCAGUAUGAUGUAAGUGAGCAAGUUAAACAAGAAUUAACGACGAAAUAUGCAGCACUUGAGAAAGUUUUCGAAGAAUUUCGACGUACUUCUGAUAUCGAAACAUCACAAAUUGUCAAAGCAUUACAAUCAGAUUAUGAAUUCGAAUUAGAAAAACUUCGUAGUGAACAUCAAGAAACUGUUAAUCAAAUCAAAACUGAACAUGAAAAGAAACAAGUUUCGACAACAACUAUGGAAAUUCAAACAGAUGAACAACCAAAACUCGAUCAACAAACCAGUAUGAUUAUAUUCUCUAAUCAAGAUCAAUCAACAGAAACAAAUCAGAUUGACUACUGUGAUCAAACUACACAAACAACGUCCGAUGAUCAUCCCGAUGAUGCAAUUAUGCGUCGUUCGAUAACAAAAGAUCAACAAAUACAAUUCAAUUUAGCAAUCCAACGUGCUGUUCAAAAUGCCACUGGUGGACAAAAGAAACAAAUUGGUCAGUUAGAACAACAAUUAGCUGAUAAACGUUUGAAAAUUGUUAAAUUAAAAGAAUGUAUUAAAAACUUACAAAAUCUUUAUACACUCUCGUCAACACCACCACCAAUGAUGCCGUCAGUUGCAAAUUCAAUGAUCACAUCAUCGACAACUGACGAUGAACAAGUAAUCAAUAAAGAGGAUGAACAUGCUACACCUGAUGAAACAACGACAACAAUGGUGACGACAAGGCAAGCAUUUCUUCGACGUAGUGAACCAAUAUCGAUGCCAAGUACGUUUAUUGCUCAAAGUAUGUUGGCUGCUGGUACUGCAGCAUCGUCACCAAAAACAUGCGCAGCGGUGAAUAAUAUUCUAAUAGAUACAUGUUUCAAAUCAUCUCCAAAUGAAUCAAGUACUGCUGUGGAAUUAUAUACACCAUUUGCUGCUUCGCCACCAAAUCAAAUGGCAGCACCUUUAUCACCACAAACUCCACUUCCUGUUUCAUCAUCAAUUCUCAAUUCACCACCAAGUAUCUCACCUAUGUCGCGUCUUUCAACACAUUCAUCACCACAAGCAACACCAAUUUCGUUCUUCACUGUUAAUCGAUCUGAUCAUGUGAUCAUUUACUUUGAUACAACCUAUCAACAUUACAUGAUCUACACUUAUUUACCGACACUUCAUUUCAUUCAUUCAGACUGUUAUGAGCUGUUUAAUAUUCAAUCGAAACAACCAACUAAUACAACAAGUGUUAUCGAUACGAUAUCUACUGAGAAUAGCACAUCAUCUGUUGCACCAUUAAUCAAUACAUCAAUGAUCAACUCAGCUUUGUUUGGAGCAAAUAAUAAUUUCAAUCCAACAACUACACCAUUACUUGGUCAAGUAACAGAUAAAGAAUAUUGUCAAGCAAAGAAACCAAAUAAUCGUUUUAAUGUACCAUUAGGUACAAAAUUUUAUCGAGUUCGUGUUAAACCAUGGAAACCAUCAUUAACAUCUUCAUCAUUGAACUGA